AUGAUGUGUAAGCAGCCGAAUAGCUCAGUUGGUAUUAGUGGUUCAACAUCAAGCUCAAAAAGUGCUCAAGCACCAAUACCAUCAUGCUCAAGUCCUAAAGCCAGAAAUAAGCAAAAGCUUCGUACCAACAACAUCCGUCUAGCCAGUCUGAACAUACAGAGCAUAACCAGUUCAAAGAAAAGGGCCAGCUUCUGGAACCUUCUUGAUUCGAUAAACUGUGAUAUCCUUUGCGGAUGCGAAACAUGGCUCAAGCCUGACAUCCAUGAUGCCGAAAUUCUUCCCCCAAAUAGCAAUUUUAACAUCCAUCGUAAAGACAGACGUGAUGGGUAUGGAGGUAGCAUAAUCCUGAUCAAAAAUACCAUCAAACAUGAAAGAAUUGAAGUAGACUCAAUAUGUGACAUUGUCUUUGUUAAGAUAGAAUGUGCUAACAAUGAAUCACUUAUUAUAGGGUCAGCAUAUAGACCAACAAACAACGAUGAAUCUUAUGCCCACAACCUUUUCGACACCAUAUCAAAAGUUUGUAAAAUGUACAAAAAAUCUGCUAUUUGGAUCACUGGAGACUUCAACCUGCCAGAUAUAAAUUGGACCAAUAACACCAUACAAGGUCAUCAAUACAAAAAGUCAAUCAAUGAAGCCUUUCUGCAUAUGGAACCGGACCUUGGCUUAACCCAGAUGAUAGAUUUCCACACCAGGGGCAACAACAUCCUUGACUUGUUCUUCUCAAACCGACCAGAUCUUGUCAACCAAUGCUCCCCCAUGCCCGGCAUCAGCGACCACCAUGCAGUCUUUAUCGACACGAACAUGUGUGUCCCCCGCCUGAAACCACCUAAACACACUCUACUCAUGUGGGGUAAGGCCAACAUUGAUAAUAUGAAAAAGAAAUGCAGCAAUCUCUCUGACACCAUCCUCAACCUAACUGACACAAACAUUGAAGAUUGCUGGACACUUUUUAAGCACGGAUGCACACAUAUAGUUGCAGAGGAGGUGCCAGCAAGACAGACAUCACAAAGAUACAACCAACCCUGGGUUACCAGAGACAUCAGACGUAUCACACGGCAGAAGAAACGCUGGUUCAAGCGUGCAAGGCGAUCUAACACCCAACAUGACUGGGACAGAUACAUAACUAUCAAGCGCCAAGCCCAGCUGACAUGUAGGCGUGCACAUGACCACCAUGUUGCCUCAAUGCUGAGUGAGGACCAUGAAAACCCCAAAGUCUUCUGGCAGUAUAUCAAAUCCAGGAAGAAAGAAAACUUUGGAGUAGCACCCUUGAAGAAAGAUGGGAUAACCUUCAGUGGAAGUAAACAGAAAGCUGACAUACUAAAUGACCAAUUCACCUCUGUCUUCACUAAAGAAGAUGACUUAAACCGCCACAACUACCAAAACGCCAUAUUCCAGAUAUGA